UUGUGGUGUAAAGUCCUCAAUGAUAAAUCUUCGUCAAUAUGUUGAAGAAGUUUCAGGAUUGGUUUGUGCCGCCCCAAAGUGACAUUGAAACUCUUUAAAAAGUUCCAAAAUGAACGUGACAAGCCACAAUGUGACUUAUUGUGAUUUGACGAAUGUUAAAAAAGCUUUCUCAGUGUACCAUAACUAUCUCAGUGUGAUAAUAUGUAUUUUCGGUUCGGUGACCAACGUGUUAAAUAUCUGUGUGUUGACAACAAAACCGAUGAGAUGUCCGACGAACUUGAUCCUGACGGGGCUUGCGCUGGCAAAUCUCCUAGUGAUCUUGGACUAUAUCCCCUUCGUGUUUCUUUACAACGGGGAUAAGGCUUACGCCUAUCACUUCACGUACAAGUUGGCAGUUUUCGUGUUUUUCCACGCCUGGUUUGCUCAAUCCUUCCAUUUCAUCUCGUGCUGUCUUACCGUCAUUUUGGCGGUUUGGCAGUACAUUGCUAUCAAGUUUCCCCAAAACAAUAGCAAAUGGUGUAGCAAUGAAAUAACCAAAAUCACGAUCCUCCUCACUUACAUCCUCUGUCCGGUUAUCUGCAUCCCUCUGAAUGUCUCACUGAAAAUCUGGGAGAGGCAGAUCAGGGUGGACGAGAACGACAAAAUAACAAAAACUGGCGCCUACAACGCCACGGUCUAUAUCACAGACUAUGAGAGUGAAUAUUCUCAAUACAUAAGUUCUUCGGUGUAUGCGAUUGCUAUGAAGUUAGUUCCGUGUAUCUUCUUAACUGUGCUUUCUUCGCUACUAAUAGUCGAAAUUCUAAAAGCCAAAGAACGGAGGAAGAAGUUGAUGACUCCUAAACCGGAAGAGACUGCUGCAAUGAGGAAACCUAGUCAGAGGGGUUUAGAGAAGGUCAAGCAAGCUGAUAGGACAACAAUGAUGCUGUUGGCUGUUCUUCUUCUUUUCCUGCUGGUGGAGUUUCCUCAAGCUAUCUUCGGACUACUCAAUGUUGUUAUCGGGAAGAAAUUUGAAGUGGAGUGUUAUCAAAAUUUGGGUGAUAUCGUAGAUGUCCUUACCUUGACGAUUUCUUCCAUCAACUUUAUUCUUUACUGCAUCAUGUCAAAGAAGUUUAGGACGGUUUUCAAGGAACUCUUCUGUCCAUAUAUUCCGUGUUUUAACGGUUCAAAAGAAAAUUGGAUUUCGUUACAAACUAUUCAAACAUCUUAUGUAUAGAAUGUUGUAAAUAAACAAUUUAUUUAUGGACUAUAUUAAUUAUGAACGUUAAUUAAAUAAAUGUUACUAAACAGGGUAUUCAUUUAAAAGUAUUCAUUCAAUAACGUGAUAAAAGAUCUCAUUUUGUGUUAAAUGUUAACAAAAUGUUCUUAACAGUAGAGCCCUCAAUAAAGUUCUUGAA